CACCUGCUGUGGGACGUGAGGAAGCGUAGCCUGGGGCUGCAGGAGCCCGGCCUGCUGCGGCGGCACUACCUGGGAAGAAGAGAAUUUAUCCAAAGAUUAAAACUUGAAGCAACGCUGAAUGUACAUGAUGGCUGUGUGAAUACAAUUUGCUGGAAUGAUACAGGAGAAUAUAUUUUAUCAGGUUCAGAUGACACCAACCUGGUUAUUAGUAACCCCUACAGCAGAAAGGUUUUAACAACCAUCCGCUCGGGACACAGAGCUAAUAUUUUUAGUGCAAAAUUCUUACCAUGCACCAAUGACAAACAGAUUGUGUCCUGUUCUGGAGAUGGAGUAAUUUUUUAUACUAACGUUGAGCAAGAUGCCGAGACGAACAGGCAGUGCCAGUAUACGUGCCACUACGGAACUACCUAUGAGAUUAUGACAGUACCAAAUGAUCCCUAUACUUUCCUCUCUUGUGGUGAGGAUGGCACUGUAAGGUGGUUUGAUACUCGGAUCAAGACAAGUUGCACAAAAGAAGAUUGCAAAGAUGAUAUUUUAAUAAACUGCCGGCGUGCUGCCACUUCUGUAGCCAUCUGUCCGCCAAUACCAUAUUACCUUGCUGUGGGCUGCUCUGAUAGCUCAGUAAGAAUAUAUGAUCGGCGAAUGCUUGGCACGAGAGCAACAGGUAAUUAUGCUGGCCGGGGCACAGUUGGAAUGGUUGCACGUUUUGUUCCUCCACACCUUAAUAACAAAUCCUGCAGGGUAACAUCUUUAUGCUACAGCGAUGAUGGUCAGGAGAUCCUUGUUAGCUAUUCUUCAGAUUACAUAUACUUAUUUGAUCCCAAGGAUGACACAGCAAGAGAACUUAAAGUUCCUUCUGCUGAAGAGAGAAGAGAAGAGUUGCGGCAGCCUCCUGUUAAACGACUGCGAUUAAGAGGUGAUUGGUCAGAUACAGGACCGAGAGCAAGGCCUGAGAGUGAACGCGAAAGAGAUGGGGAGCAAAGUCCUAAUGUCUCGCUAAUGCAGAGGAUGUCAGACAUGCUGUCAAGAUGGUUUGAAGAAGCUAGUGAAGUUGCUCAGAGCAACCGAGGGCGUGGAAGAUCUCGAUCAAGAGGUGGGGCCAGUCGACCAGAUGCCCCUCUUACUAGCAGCGUGCCACCAAGGGGUGAGUCGGAGACUGCAAUGGAAGUAGAUGGUCCUGAACAACCUCCAUCAUCAUCUUCCUCUACCAUGUCAGCCCAAGCUCCUUCAACAUCUUCCUCAAUGGAAAGCCCACCCUCAACCUCCUUACUGUCAUCUCCUGACAACGAACAAAGGCCAUCUAUGGAGGCCUCUGCCCAACCUACGCUCCAUCAGUCUGAAUUAAUGGCACCUGAGUUAGCUAUACUUCGUAGGGGUCUGCAGCGACUGAGGCUUAAGAAGGCUGAACAACAGAGACAGCGAGAGCUAGCUGAGGGUUCAGCACCACAGUCCUCCAGCUCUGAUCAGUCUUCCAGUAAGGGCUCCUCACAGGACCCUCAGACUUCAGGUUCUCCAAAUAUACUGCUCUCCAGCUCCCUUGCUAAGUGGUGCUUCAGUUUAGAGUAUGCUGGGAACAUCAUAACCUGUGGUGAACUGCAUUUGGAUAUAGAUCCAGCCUGUGGAAGCUCAGAUUCUCCUUCUGUGGUUAACAAACAGCUUGGAACCAUGUCACUUGAUGAGCAACAGGAGUGUGAAAAGCCACGCACAGGAACAGGUGAACCAGUUUUAAGUUUGCACUACAGUACAGAAGGAACAACUACAAGUACAAUAAAACUGGACUUCACUGAUGAGUGGAGCAGUACGACUUCCAGCUCUAGAGGGAGUGGGAGUCACUGCAAACCUGACAGUCAGGAAGAAUCUCUAAGAACAAAAAGCUCAGAACAGUCAACACCAGAGACUGAAGAAACAAGAAUUCCUGAAGAAUCACAAAAUGAAGUCACAGGUGCUGAGGAGUUGAAAUCUGCAAAUGAAAUUGCAGCAAGUGCAGAAGCAGCUUUAUCAGAUAAGGAUGUACCUGAGCAUCCUGGAACCAGCACAGAAGGAGAAAAUGGCCCUGAUAUUGAAAGUACCAGCAAGAACCCAGAGGAAGGACCUUCAUGUGAAAAAAGCAAAGAGCAAGAGAUUUCAGGUCAACCAAGUACAGAAUCCACUGCCAACUCAAAUAACACAAACCGUGAACCUCAACUACAGCCAGAAUCCUCAGGGCUUGUAACUCAAGAAGAAUCAUCCACUAGGGGAACUGCUUUCCACGAAACAGAUGAUAGUGAUGAUGACCCUGUCUUGAUACCUGGUGCAAGGUAUCGAGGAGGACCAGGACACAGAUUUAAUAUCAGAGGAACAGCGAUAGGUGAUAGAAUAAUGAGACGAUCUGCUGUUGCCCGCAUUCAGGAACUGUUCAGAAGGAGAAAAGAAAGGAAAGAAAUGGAAGAACUGGAAACACUGAAUAUUAGACGUCCUUUAAUAAAGAUGGUGUAUAAGGGUCAUCGGAACUCCCGGACAAUGAUAAAGGAAGCCAACUUUUGGGGCUCUAACUUUGUUAUGAGUGGUUCAGAUUGUGGCCAUAUCUUCAUUUGGGAUCGGCAUACGGCUGAGCAUCUCAUGCUGCUGGAAGCUGAUAAUCAUGUGGUGAAUUGUCUUCAGCCUCAUCCAUUUGACCCGAUUCUUGCUUCAUCGGGUAUUGAUUAUGAUAUAAAAAUCUGGUCACCGCUAGAAGAGUCGAAGAUUUUUAACCGAAAGCUUGCAGAUGAGGUUAUAACUCGUAAUGAAUUAAUGCUGGAAGAGACAAGAAACACUAUUACUGUUCCAGCUUCUUUCAUGUUACGAAUGUUGGCAUCGUUGAAUCAUAUAAGAGCAGGUAGGAGACUAUUGGAGCAGUUUCUGUGCAGUCUUGUAUAGAGGUGCACCGAUACA